CCGAAAAGGCCAAUUGCGAUUCAUCUUCUUCUUCGCUCAUCUCUCUCUCUCUCUCGCGAAGCCACGUCUCUUCGCCUCCUUCGUUCUCUUCCUCAUUCUUCUGUGAAUUUGACAGCCUUUUGCUGAGUACACCAAUGGAGUCAGAUGAGGAGCACAAGACUGUUCAAGGAAUGUCUCCCGAAUAUGGUGCAAUUUUCAUGUCAAGCAGUUUUACAAAAGAUGAAUGUUUUAGACGAAGACUGUUUGGCCUUCCAUCUGGACAAGGCCCAUUUGUAAAGCAGAUCAAAAGUGGAAUGAUUUUAUUUCUCUUUGAAUUUGAGAAGAGAGAACUCCAUGGUGUAUUCCAGGCAUCCUCUGAUGGUAGAAUGAAUAUUGUUCCUAAUGCAUGGAGUAGAUCAGGAAAGAAGUUUCCUGCUCAGGUGAGAGUCAACCCAAUUUGGCAUUGUCAUCCACUUCCAGAAUCUGAGUUUGGUGACGCAAUCAAAGAAAACUAUUUUUCAAAAUGGAAAUUCAAUUUUGGUCUUUCCAAAGCUCAGGUUUGGAGGCUUCUAAUGUUGUUUAAUUUGCGAAAAUUGAAAAGUCCACAUCCUCAGAGAGCACUAGCUAGAAAUACUGCUGCACAACCGGUGGACAUUUAUCGAGAACUGGAUGAUGGCAGAUUAUCAAGUGAUAAAGUGGGUAAUCUACAUAAAGUGGACAAUAUGCUUCGGUCGAUCAUCGAGAGCAGGUAUCUUGAACACCUGCCAGGCAAAGUUGAAAGGGAUGAUGCUAAGUUUGGGAAUGGAGUUAAUGUGGAUUUUGAACACAGGGCAUUGCCAUCAACUGAGCAUACUAGGUCAGGCCAAAAUGGAAGAUGUGAUGGCAGCCUGGCAAUGUGUGGAAGGGAAGGAAGUGUCAGUCACUUGGAUGGUCCUUUUUAUUCUGGAAUGCCUCUUCAAGAAACAUAUUCUUUGGUUCAAGAUAAAGAAACUUCUAGCCAUCAGAUGGAGCUGCCAAUCACUGGCCACUCUUAUGCAGCAUCUCGUGGAGAUGCAAUUAUUACGAGCAUUCUUCCCUAUGAUCCUGAUGAUCCUAGAUUGAACCUUGCACAUUCUCUAUUAGUUGGAAAUUAUGAUUCUGUUCAAGACUGUGAUGGCCAGAAUGGCAUUCCCGCGGUGAGGAAUGAAGUAAAUCCCUCAUACACAGAGACAAAUUCACUAAAUCAAAGCCUAGAAGACGUUUCUAAGGUUGAUGUUCGCAGAUCACUUUCAGCCAUCAAUAUUACUCCUUUUCCAGGGGCAACUUCUUCAGCAGAAAUGGCUAUUUACUAUUCAAAGUCCUCUUUAGCUCCUGAAUCUUUAUCAGAAUUUGGAAGUAAUGGGAGGGACGGGCCUUCCUCUUAUCCCCUUAGCCCCAGUGAUUAUCCUUCCUUUCUGGUUGACCGCAGGCAUCCUGUAGCAAUACAAAAUAAACCAGUGCAUGAAAUAGGACCAUUUACUGCAAAUGUAACUUCAUUAGAGGAGAUACAGUGCCAGUCACCAUGCCGCACUCAUUCUGCUGACCUUGACAGUGUGGACUACCACGACUGUAAAUGUUCUGAUCAUAAAAUUUCUGAUAGAAUGCUGUGUUCAGAUCUUCUGGAAAACAGAAGUAGUGUGUUCUCUCGCCUGAGAUUCAAUAACCCUGGAUGGUGUCUGGAAAACCUUGGACAUCUUGGCCACGAGGAAGAUGUUAAAGACACGUCAUCAGUGGAUGAAGUCAUGGAAAUGUUGAGCGAGAGUCACCAUGCCUGGAUGGAGAGUGAAAAAUCUAAACUGCAUAAGAGACGACAAGGUAAUGUAGAGAAGUCUAGGAAUUUGAAGCAGACAGCUGUGAAGUCUGAGUUGGAAAUGAUUCCAGAGAAGGCAAACACAGCUUCUGCUUCACCAACUGGAGAUAAAGAUGAUCAAAGCAGUAAAAAGACACUGUUUGUGGACUUCAAGCGGCGGAGUGAUUUGCGAAAAGUCAAUAGCGAUACUAAUGGGGAAAGUGCUGGAAGCGAGGGAUUGUUAGGUGGGCAGUGCAAGAGAAGGAAGUUAAUCAGGCCUAACUUCAGUGAGAAUGAGCCAUGUGAUAACAAAAGCUAUAAUAGAAGUCAUUUUAUGAAUUCACCAGGAUCAGCCCAAGAAUGCCGUAGUUGUGAAGAUGCUGGUGGCAAGAAAAGGAAGCUGGCUAAGCCAAAUUUCAGAGAGAACGAGUCAUCUCAGGAAUCAUCUGCGCAAUGUUCUAUUGGUGAAGAUGCUGGUGGCAAGAGAAGGAAGCUGGCUAGGCCAAAUUUUAGAGAAAAUGAGUCGUCUUUAAUAUCCUCGCCACAAUGUUCUGUUGGUGAAGAUGCUGGUGGAAGUUGCGGGUCUUUUGUUGGAAGCCAAGGUAAGUCGUUAUUACAAGGUGCAGAAUCUUCACACGACAAUGAGAAGAUCGAUACUGAAUGUGUUUCUAAAUAUGAAACAGAAAUUAUAGUAGAAAGUUCUGGGGGUUCUCCCAAAAUUGGAGAUGAUAGUGGAAAGGGGUGUUUGCAUGCCUAUCCUGGAAAUUCUUGUCUGAACUUACAAGCAUCUGUCGAUGAAUCUUCUUUUUGUGAAGAUGCUAAUUGUAAGGAGCUAGUUGGGCCUGAUUUCAGAGAGAAUGAGCUAUUCCGAGUGUCGCCACAUAUAUGUUCUAUUGGUGAAUAUGCUGGUGAAAAGUAUGAGGCAUUGGUUGGAAGCCAAGGUAACACUGAUGCUCAAAUAUUUCCAACAUUUAAAAUGGAAAUUAAACAAUUAAGCUCUGGGGAGUCUCUCAAAAUUGGAGAUGAAAGUGGAAAGAGUCCUGUGCAUGAUGUUGGCUGCCAAAUUGUCAUCGGCCCUUCCAAAGAUGAUAUUCUUAAUGCACAGGAAGACUUGGAUCACAACGACCCUAUGGUGUUGUCUCGAGAUGGUCAUCAGCCCAGUCAAUCCACCGUGCUAAACUCGGCUUCGCAACCCAAGACAAAUGGAUUUUCCGAAUUUGAAAGUGACAGAGGCAGUGAACUGGAGAUGCUUCCAAGGGUUGAAUUUUCUCCAAACAUAGUUGGCAAUGGUGGCUCAAGGAAGCAGAACCCUGACUCACCAAGAGUAGCUGAAAACAUCACUAAUCGCGUGGAUGCGGGUAUGAUAAAUUAUCAACACGGAUCCAGUACUGAGCAGGGUCAGGCAUCUUGCAACUCCAACCAGCAUGAUUCACUUAAACAGGAAGGGUUCGGGAAUGACGUGCUGGAGGCUGUGGAGUUUGGUGAUAAUGUUGCAAGUGAUAACACUUCAAGAGAAAGAGAAAUAGACAUUAAACUAGAAAGCUUUGUGGAUUCUGUCAAAAGUGGAGAUGAAAAUGGAAUGGAGAGCGUGCAGGUUGGUAUUCUUGGUGCACUGGAAGACCCUAUACUUACCAGGUUGUCUGAAGACUUUCCCGGGACCGAUCAGAUAACUGUGCUAGAGUCAGCUACGCAACCUAAGACGAAUUCUGGAACAAGUAAUGGAUUUUCUGAAAUCGAAGGUGACAGAGGCAGUGAACUGCAGGUGCUUCCACUAGUUGAACGUUUUCCAAAUAUAAACGCCUCUGAUAGUGCAGAUGCAAGUAUGGGAAAUAACCAACAAGGAGUCAAUUCUGAGCAGUUGCAGACGUCUUGCAACUCCAACAAUCACAGAUCACUUCAAGAGCAUGGAUCCAAACAUAACGUGCAAGAGAGCAUGGAGUUCGGCGAUAAUGAGGCAAUUGAUGACACUGUAAGAGAAAAUAAGAGGCUAUGGAGUAUUUUAACAGCUAGAUUGCAGCUUGUUAAGAGGGCACAACAACAGUGACUAGUACCUGACUUUUUGUGAAUCGAGUCAUUGCAGCUGAUCAAGUUCUGAAGAUAGCUGGUGGAAGCUAGAAUGGUGCUGUCUUCUUGGUAUGAUCACAGCUUUUUUGUUGAAGUUUUGGCUCUGACCUUGUGAAAUUCUUCUGCGCUUCUGCGUGGAUUUGGAGGAGCAUGAAGCAUGAAUAUGCUGUCUUUUGCGUAAUUGAUCACCAUUUUCUUGUCAAGCUUUGAGCUUCGGAAGCUUUUUUUUGGAGCUUCUGCGGAUAGAUAUGGAGUCUUUUGCUACUGAUAGAGGCACUGGUCAUCAGCUUCAGCAAAAGCAAUUAACACCAAUAUCUGAUUUUGCCAUCCGGUGAAGGAUGAAAUUCCUUGUGUUGGGUGUACUGGGUUCUGGAGACUUGGGGUUGGUUUUGAGUCCGUUGACUUGUAUGUCAUCUAUGGUCAAGGUCUUUUUACCUAGUGGUCGCUGUAGAUGAAAGUUCAUUUCUUUGUUUAAUUUGUUUGAAUAUACAUGACGUUUGCAACUGGUUCAGUUUU